GGUCUCAUAGUUGCAAUAUUUGAAUGCGCCGUUGCAUUACCAACUUCUAAUGGUGCAAGAAAUGAAAUCAGUGGCUCGCUUUUCGAUAUUGGUACUUCCCAACCGUCUGUGUUUUUUUCCGCUGCACAUGCUUUCCUCAUCCAGCAAAAUAAGCUUUCUGGUCAUAAUCGCGCAUUCAUUUUAUCUAUUAUAAAUAAAAUAUUGGAAAGCUCUCAUGUAUCGGAGAAUUUAGAUGAACAACAAGCUUUAUUAAUUAUAAAUCUAGUCACACAAGAAAUAACAAUUUCAAAGGAUCAGGAAGAAGCAUGGCCACAAGCUGCUUCUGACGUGCUUGUUACUUUGGCUAAGAGAAAAACCUUAGUGAACCAUGUUAUGGAUGCUGUUUUGCAGAAAUUUCCCCCUGGUUUAUCUGUACCUCCUCAUCGAUAUAUAGUCUUAUCAAUGGCUAGCAUUGCCGAACAUAACGCCAUUGGUUUCGUUCCAUUUCUAACCGAUAUUCUUUCUCGUUCCAUUCCACUGCUGCAAAAUAUUAAAACGGAUUCCCAUCGUUAUGCAUGGGCACAUGCCUUUCGAUCAUUUUGUGAAUCAUUACGAGAAUAUACAACAACAUUUAUUAUCGAUAAGUCUCAAGCCAUAAAUGGUCGAAAUUUAAAGGUCAGUAAAUAUGGCUCUGAAUUCGCGCCGAGCGAUUAUACAGAUCAAAUGGAAAUGGUUUAUGAUUCGGUAUUCUGCUGGCUCAGUUCAAAGGAUCCGAAGGUGAGAGCAGAAACUGCUAAUUGUGUAGGCGAAUUGUGUUUAGUUAUUACACAGAAGCGGUUAAACGAAGAAAUUCGUAAGUUGAUUCCUAUGUUACUUAGUCUCUGUCGUCGAGCAACUAUCGAUCAGCAUUUGAUAACACAGGGGAUUUGCGUCCUUCUUGAAGCUGCGUGUGUUGACGACUCGUGUUCACUUGAACCCUAUUUAGAAGAUAUCUUGAAUACAUUGUUCCCACAUGUGUGUGUAUUUAAUGAAGAAGCUAUUAAUUCCAAUUUUACGAUGCGUAAUCAAAAUGAGGCAUUUCGUUGCUUUCAUGUCGCUGCAUCCCGAUUUGCUGAUAAAAUUGUAUAUUAUCUUCUUCAUAAGAUGCAGAGUAAUCAAGAUCCUUGUAAACUUGGAGCCAUAAAUUUAAUGCGUCAUCUUUUGAAUUCCGCUGGUCCUUAUAUGGAAGAUAAACGUGCAUUAGUGAUAUUGGGUCUUAAACCGAUUCUUCAGGCGGGAAUUUCUGAUUCGCUGUCAAUUAAAGUUAAAAAAGCAUUAUGUCAACUAUGUAUAGCCUUAGCCGAUCAUGGAUAUAUUGAUGCACAAGGUGGUUGUGCAGUAAUCGAAUUUCUUGUGAAAAAUGCUGUCGCAGUGGAGGAGAUUUCGAAAAAGGUACUGUCUGACAACAGUUUAGGAUUAUCAUUACGAACUCAAUGUGGUCAGGCUUUACAAACUAUUGCAAACACAUGCAGUUUCGCCCACAAGUUGUUGUGGCCAUAUCUUUUUGUAUAUAUAUGUGUUGAAGCAUAUACACCAGUUAUUACUGAUAUAAUUAAGUGUCUUAGACUACUUGCUGAACGGAUGGUCGAUGAGGGAGAGAAAUUGGAUUUUGUUACUGGGUUUGAUGAAGCAAAUGUUGCCAAUAAUCUCCAAGUUUUUUGUCGUCUUUUGGUGUGUUUAACUAACGCACCAUUAAAUUCUUCUUUGACAAAACGUGCUUAUGAAGCUCUUCGUCUUUUGCGCGCUGCUGCUUCAUGGUUUCACAGUUCGUUGGAAUCCGUUGUGGAAGAAUAUUAUGACAAGUUAAAAUUUGCUAUUGAUGGUUUAUCGACAGUGGGGGAAGAAGCAGUGCCAAGUAGCCAGUUGAGCCCCAAGUUACGAUCUAGAUUUAUUGUCGAAUGGCACACGCAAGUGCUUAAUUUUCUCGAUGCUUGUGUUGUUAGCGUAAGUGAAGGGGAAUGGCGAUGUUGUUUGGCAAGUACUAUGGCAAAACAUUUUAAUUUAUAUAUAAAUUUCCACGAUGAAAAAGCCUUUCUAAUGCGGUGCAUUGGUCAAGUUCUGGCUCGCAUAACAAACGCUGCGUUUGUUAACGCCCACUUAAUGCUAAUGUUUCGCGAAACAAAUCAUUCUUAUUUGGUUGAACGAGUUGGUUGUGCGCAAGCAGUUGGAUAUUGUUCAGUUACUCAUAUUGAUCUGGUUAUUGCUGAGUUGGAACGUGCUAUAAAAUGGGAUUAUAUGAAGAAACGAGCCAAAGUUUUCGGAUUUAUACAAGACAUGAUACCUUAUAAAAAUUAUUCGGAUUCAGAAAUGGCGAAUUUACAUGCAACAAUAAUGCUUUGCUACGGUUUUGUGGUUUUCCACUGUCCAAUUGAAGUCGUUGUUCAGCAAGUGGAAAAUAAAGUUUUGCAAUCGUUGCGUCGUCAUUUGGAAAAUCCUCAGUUGGAAACUGUUGAACGCGAAUCGCUUUUGCAAACUAUAUAUCUUAUAGCAGUUAGUGUACAUCCUUCCUAUCUGAAUGCUGAUUAUCAUUUGGAAAUUCUUAGUGAAUUUUUGACUCACAUAAAGGUGCACAUUCCAAUAUUUAUUCUCGAUUUGUUUAUUUUUAUUAUUUUAUUUUUUAAAUUUCGGAAAUUCUCUCGUUACGGUCGCUGGUGUACAAAAUUAUGCGAAAGGCAUGUGGAGAUAUAUAUUAAAAGAAUUAAAACGAUGAUUCAAUUAAGUUUAGGUUUGUUAAGUUUGAGCUUGUUUUAUUUUAAAAUAAAUUUAUAUGAUUUGAUUAUAAUUGAUUUUUUUCAGCUUUUUCAACCUUAUUAUUCUUCAAUAGCUGAUCAUGAACGUAUGCGUUCGAUUGAGGCCACCUUACUUGUUUUAAAUAUAUAUUUCGAUGCUGCUACUGAUUUUUCUCUUGAGCGCGCUAAUGAGUUUACUGCGAUGGCUUCUUUAUUGGCAUUUCUUGUUCCCAGAAUAACGGAUUCAUUAUGCUACGUUCGUUAUAAUGCUCUGAAAGUCGUUCAUUGGACGUUUCGCCUUUCCUUUGUGCUAAAAGGUGUUGCUCGAGAAACUCCUGAUCCUUCUUUAUUCGAUUACGACACAUUUAUGCAAGAGAAUCUUGGUCAUGAAGAAAAAUUGGACAAUUUGAUAUCUCGAAAGAUUAUAAAAUUCAUGGCUAAUAUCGUUGAAGCUCGUUUACCUAGCUCCUUAGUGAAUAAUUAUAUGCUAUAUUUAUUCAAUAUGUUGAAUGAUCGACAGAAUCAAGUGGGUUCUGCUGCAGCAUUGCUUCUUUCAAACAUAAUAAAAUCGCGUGGAGAUACUCUAAGAAAUGAAGCAAAAAUGCUCAUGGAUGUAAUGUUAACCAAGCUGUCCGAAGUGCAUUCAUCUGCUCAAGUCCAUGAUGAAUUGCAAAAUGCUUUCUUGGAACUCGCAAAUCAUCAACUUCACCCAUGUAUCGAUGUGAUGCUCUCUCAUCCUUUACCUUAUUCCAUCAAUGUUGUUGAAGCAUGGCACACAUUGGUCAGUGAAUCGCUAUUGUUUCCAUUAAUUACUGAAUAUCUGAUUGAACUCAUGGUAAGCGUUUCAUAUGAUUUUGUCGAUAUUGGUUCUGGUACUUCAACAAAAAUUGUUCGCGCUGGAGUCUGCUCUUUAGCUGCUGGUAUUAUUGAAUUAGUGAAGAAUGGCCAACCUGAAAAUGAAUUUUCCAAAAGAAUUCCUCAGAUUAUUGCGACCCUUUUAAUAUAUUUGGCUACUGUUAUUGACACUCAGUAUCCUCUGGUUCAACAAGAACAAAAAGAUGGUUCAAAAUCUCCGUUAAUAAUAACUCCGGAACUACGCCGAGUUUCUUCAUCUCCAGCGACAUUAGUUUCGCAAGCACUUCUCACUCUUUUUGCUCGCACUCGAGACGAAAAAAUUGUAGCUAAAAUGAAUUCGGAACGUGCAUUAAUAUAUAAUAUAUAUAUAUAUAUAUAUAUAUUAUAUGUUUUAUAUGUUAUUAUAUGUUUUAUUAAAAUUACCGCAAUAUUUCAGUUUGCCAUUCGUGGUUUUGGUGAUUUGUCGGAAUGCAGUCCGAAUGUGCUUGAAAAAUAUUCAUCUUGUGCUAUGAAAGCUAUAAUAAAUGGUUUGGAUUAUAGUGGUGAUCGGCGUGAUGAGGUUGCUACGGAAGCAGUAAAGGCACUGAAUAAACUUUCCAGUUGUGUCGAAACAAAUCGUUUACAAGGAAUACUUUCUAAUGUGCUUUUGAAAUUGCGACCAUGUUUUGAGAAGGAAAAUACUGCUCUGCGUAUUGCUUCAUUCAGUUUAUUUGGUGAGCUUGGUAUUCGUGUUGGUGACUGUGAUAUUUUUAAAGAACAAUUGAUUAUAAAUAGUGUUUCAUUACUAUUACACUUGAAUGAUGAUGAAGACGAUGUAAAAUUGAUUUGUGUUCGUUGUUUAAUGCUUGUUGGACCAUUGUUUCAUUCAACUGGUAUUUCAUCGGUAAUUGAGAAAACAUUAAAUGCUGAGAAAAUUUGUGCUAAUUAUCCUUUGUUUCUAAAAGAAUUCAGUCAAGUUUUGGCUUCUUCAUUUCCGGAUCGAGUCAAUUAUUUCGCUUUAAAUCUAAAUAAUUAUUUCAAAAGUACUUCAUCAAAAAUCCGGUCAAAUGCGGCUUGUAUGACAGGUUUUUUGUUAGGCUGUUUAUCGCCUGAGUUACAAACUACUAUUUCAAAAGAGCUUAUUUUUUCCGGAUUGAUGUCACUCUUGAAGGACCAAAGUAUUGAUGUGCGUUUAUCGACGGCACGAGCGAUUUCUUUCCUUCAAAAUUUCGCCUAA